AUGGCGGCAGGCAGACCACGGGACUACGACCACCUCUUCAAGCUCGUCCUUAUCGGCGAUUCUGGUGUCGGCAAGUCCUGUCUUCUGCUCCGGUUUUCCGACGAUGCCUUCACCGAGAGCUACAUCACCACAAUCGGCGUCGACUUUAGAUUUCGCACGAUCAAUGUGGACAACGAAAUUGUCAAGCUUCAAAUCUGGGACACAGCGGGGCAGGAGCGCUUCCGGACGAUCACCAGCGCGUACUACCGCGGCGCAGACGGCAUUGUGCUCGUCUACGACGUGACUGACCGCGAGUCGUUUUUGCACGUCGACGAGUGGCUGGCAGAAGUCAACAGAUACGCAAACGAAAACACUUGCAAGAUCCUCGUAGGAAACAAAUGCGAGAAGGCAGACGAUCGCCAAGUGUCAGUUGAAGAAGGCCAGAGAAAGGCGGAAGAGCUUGGUAUUUCCUUCAUCGAAACAUCAGCGAAGAAUGCGAUCAACGUGGACGAGGCGUUUACGGUUGUGGCCCGAGAGCUCAUCAAAAUGAAGCAAUCGGCAGGAGCGGCAGCAGGACGAGGUGUGGGGCCGCAGGGAAUGAGGAUCGCGAGUCAGCCCACAGGUGCUGACAACCGGGCUAUGGCACAGCGGACUGGCAACUGUUCAUGCUGAUCAACACUCGCAGUCCUGUUGUUUCUCGUUCUUUAGGCAAAAACGCUUUGCAGUUUCCAGUCGCGAACGAACGCUUCUCUCGGUCUCUGUUCGCUGUAGUUUUCAGUGAUCGGCACUCGAAAGGCACCUUGCGCCGUGAGAAUUCCUCACGGGCUGCGCCUCUCUUCACUGCCUCAAGGCACACAGUAUCACGCAGUGCUCUUGCGCAGAAACUCAGACAACGCAAGUCGUCGAUAGACCAUGCAUCGAAGAAUGGGCUGCUCGC